AUGCCACCACAAAUCAAACAAGAUCUCAAUCGCUCCGGAUGGGAAACCACCGACUUCCCCUCCGUCUGCGAAAAUUGUCUUCCCGAUAACCCUUUCGUACAAAUGAUUAAACAAGACCACGGCGAAGAAUGCAAACUUUGCACACGACCUUUCACCGUCUUCCAAUGGAAAGCCGAUCGCACAGCUCGUAGUAAACGCACAAAUAUCUGUCUCACAUGCGCGCGAUUGAAGAAUUGUUGUCAAUGCUGUAUGUUAGAUUUGAGUUUCGGUUUACCGAUAGUGGUUAGAGAUGCGGCGUUGAAGAUGAUUGCACCGGGACCGCAGAGCGAGGUCAACAGAGAAUACUAUGCGCAGAAUCAUGAGAAGGAAAUCGAGGAGGGAAAGGGAAUGGAAGAGUAUGAGAAGACGGAUGAGAAGGCUAGAGAGCUUUUGAGGAGGUUGGCGAACAGUCAGCCUUAUUUCAGAAAGGGGAGAAAGAUGAUUACGGAUGGGGAAGGUAGUGGUAGCGGUGCUGCAAAUGGAAGUCAAAGUGAGAAGGGAAUAGCAUUGGCAACCAAGGGACCAGGGCCGAUCCGAACACGAGAUGGACAACCGAGCAGGGGUGCAGGUCGGGGUGGUAGAGGCGGGGCCAGAGGAGGGAGAGCUUUCCCUAGUGCGGCGCAAUUACCACCAGGGCCUCAAGAUAUCUUACCACCUUCCGACAAAUCAAUCACUUCGCUUUUUAUUACUGGUGUUGAAGACGACUUACCAGAAUAUAAGAUUAGGGAUUUUUUCUCGCCAUAUGGGAAAUUAAGAUCAUUGGUCUGUUCGCACAUGUCACAUUGCGCAUUCAUUAAUUAUGCGACAAGAGAAGGAGCCGAAGCUGCAGCAGAAGCCUUACAAGGAAAAGCUAUAAUUGCGGGUUGCCCAUUGAGAGUACAGUGGGGAAGACCCAGACCCAUUGGUACGAUGGAUAAGGAUGAGCGCAUAGCUACCGGCAGGGAAGGACGAUCCGCGUUUUCGAGUUCGGGUUCGGGUUCACAGAGAAGAGCGAUUGAGGGUGGUGCUUCACAAGCUGCAGCUCCACGGGAUGAUUUGGCUAGUAUGUCGGCAGUUCCUGCUCCACCUGGUGCAGGCGACGUGCAAUAUGCCAGUUUGGCCGGUAAUUAG